AUGGACUCAAAACUUCACGGCCCUGGAUUGGAAGGGCAGUACGAAUCGGACGGCUCUGAGGUCCACGACUUCCCUCCACCGGCCUACCGUAGGAACUCGGAGUCGUCCACCGAGCGCUCGCUAUAUGACGCGAAGGAUGAGGCUCUGUUCGCAGGGAGCCAAGCGAGUCCCUGCCACGCCCGAGAAUACGGAUGGUACCAUCCCAAACUCCUGAGCCGUGGGCUCGUCAUCACGGACGCCGCUGCCUCGACAGCCACGGGCAAAGCACCGCUGUACUACGUCGAAGUGUCUGAGUUUGCUCUCAAAAAGCCAGACGUGAUCCUGCACGCCCUGCCCCCGACCACGGGCAUGACGAACGACCUGGAAUAUCUUGCCAACACCGGCGAAUCGGGACCCGUGGUCGGAGCAGCGCAUUUCCCAAAGUUCUCGCGCCACAUCAAGGUCGGACUGGGCGAUCCUUCGUCCACCGACGCCACGAUGACCUAUGUCGAAGUGCGCAAUGCAAACCUGAUGACCCACGGCGAGUACCACAUGUCUCUCAACGGCAGGUCGUACGCGUGGAAACGCACCCACGACGCCGCGGCGGGCAUUGAAGGCGGGAGCGCGACGCGCAUUCUACACCGCGAGAGCUUCCAACUCAUCGACGUGGGCGCCAACGAGGUCAUCGCGGUGUUCUUGGACAACAAGUUCAAAAGCUGGAGGAAGAAGGGCAAAUUGAGGGUCUUUCGGGACCUCGAAGACGGCAGUGGAGAAGAGCUAGAAACGCAACGGCAGCUCAAACUCCUGGUCUUCUUGAGCAUCGCGGCAAUUUUGGAGAAGGCCCGAAGGCGGGCCAAUAGGAGACGCAGUAACUCUGGCGGCGGCGGCGGUCCGUGA